AUGGCUGACCAGGCUGUCGCCCGCUUGGCCGGCAUCAAUGUCGGCGCACCGGCGCGUCCUUUGCCUAGUGCUGAUUUCGGCCUCAUCGGUCUGGCCGUUAUGGGCCAGAACCUGAUCCUCAACGCUGCGGAUCACGGUUUCACCGUCUGCGCGUACAACCGUACCACCUCCAAGGUUGACCGCUUCCUCGACAACGAGGCCAAGGGCAAGUCCAUCGUUGGUGCCCACUCCGUUGAGGAGUUCUGCUCCAAGCUCAAGCGCCCCCGUCGUAUCAUGCUCCUCGUCAUGGCCGGCAAGCCCGUCGACACUUUCAUCGAGUCUCUCCUGCCCUUCCUUGAGAAGGGUGAUAUCAUCAUCGACGGUGGUAACUCCCACUUCCCCGACAGCAACCGCCGCACCAAGGACCUUGCCGAGAAGGGCAUCCGCUUCGUCGGCAGCGGUGUCUCCGGUGGUGAGGAGGGUGCCCGUUACGGCCCCUCUCUCAUGCCCGGUGGUAACGAGGAGGCCUGGCCCCACAUCAAGGACAUCUUCCAGAGCAUCUCCGCCAAGAGCGACGGCGAGGCUUGCUGCGACUGGGUCGGUGACGAGGGUGCCGGCCACUUCGUCAAGAUGGUCCACAACGGUAUCGAGUACGGUGACAUGCAGCUGAUCUGCGAGGCUUAUGACCUCCUCAAGCGUGGUCUCGGCUUGGGUGCCAACGAGAUCGCUAGCAUCUUCGAGAAGUGGAACACUGGUGUUCUGGAUUCCUUCCUGAUCGAGAUCACCCGUGAUGUCCUCAAGUACAACGACAACGACGGUGUUCCCCUCGUUGAGAAGAUCCUCGACAAGGCCGGUCAGAAGGGUACCGGCAAGUGGACCGCCAUCAACGCCCUUGACCUGGGCAUGCCCGUCACCCUCAUCGGCGAGUCCGUGUUCUCUCGUUGCCUGAGUGCCCUCAAGGACGAGCGUAUCCGCGCCAGCAGCCUUCUCAGCGGCCCUACCCCCGAGUUCACCGGUGACAAGCAGGCUUUCAUCGAUGACCUGGAGCAGGCUCUGUAUGCCUCCAAGAUCAUCUCCUACGCCCAGGGCUUCAUGCUCAUCCAGGAGGCUGCUCGCGAGUACGGCUGGAAGCUCAACAAGCCCUCCAUCGCCCUCAUGUGGCGUGGUGGCUGCAUCAUCCGCUCCGUCUUCCUGAAGGACAUCACCAACGCCUACCGCACCAACCCCGACCUUGAGAACCUGCUCUUCGACGACUUCUUCAAGGCCGCCAUCAACAAGGCCCAGAGCGGCUGGAGAAACGUUGUCAGCAAGGCCGCUCUCUGGGGUAUCCCCAACCCUGCCUUCAGCACCGCCCUCAGCUUCUACGACGGAUACCGCACCCGGGACCUCCCCGCCAACCUGCUGCAGGCUCAGCGUGACUACUUCGGUGCUCACACCUUCCGCAUCAAGCCCGAGCACGCCAACGAGAACUACCCCGAGGGCAAGGACAUCCACGUUAACUGGACCGGCCGUGGCGGUGACGUGUCCGCCUCGACCUACGUGGCUUAA